AGAACAGGAAAUUCUGUUAUUUAAACAAACGGGAGUCUUCUUGGAUGUUUGAAAUAGAAUAUAAAAGCUUUUAACGAGCUAAUUGUCCGUUUCACAUGUCAGUCGCUGUUGGAGAACAGUAUGUGAAACCCUUCAGGGUUCCCGGGUAUGCAGGUUAUGUUCCGGGCUUGAAAUAUUCCUUUGGACACACUUAUGGUUAUUCUGAAAGCCGCUUAUUCAAAUUACAACAUCCUGAGUUGCACCUCGGGACCCCACCUGAAAAAUUAACACCCUACCAGCCCCCUUUAAGAGAUUGUUCAAUCCGAAAAGUCGAUGAUCCUUGCCUUCAAAGAAAUGGCGUCCACCAGAAAAUAUCGAAGGCUGAUGAAGAGCCGAGACGCGUCCAAUUUCCGGACGGGUCGAAUCAACAAGAUCUGGUCCAAGGGUGUAUGGAUGUUAUAGAUCCGUCCAAUCUUGAAGAUUCCUUCAAUCAGAAACAAAAUGCCGCCAUCCAGUGCAACCUUGAAGAAACUUUGGCGAAAGACGAAGAAAGAGAAGGGUUACGAAGUGCUGCAACCCAGUGGAGCGACCAAGAAGCCCACAGGAAAAAAAGAUAUAGUGCUGCAACUCAGUGGUCGCCUAUUGAUUUUUCUGCUUUGAAGUCUAUCCCAGGGUAUACUGGGCAUUUACCAGGACGACAUUAUGUCAAUCCCGGCAAAACAUUUUGUCAAGAAGUGGAUGCCCUUCUUACAACAUUCCAUCCAAAAUCAAAAGAAGUUAUACCUCUAUCUAGGUACAACUUCACUUCAGCGCUACAACAAAAGCCCGAAAGACCACCGGAAGAAAAAAACGAUCCAUACUUUGAUAACAGACCUCCUUCUACUUAUGCUAACAAUUAUCCUAUUCCAGGAUACCAAGGGUUUGUUCCUCGAGUAAGGACCUCCACUUCUUCAUUGGGUAUACGUUAUAUAAAAGCUGUCGAGAAAAGCCUCCAUGACCUUCAUGAGCAGAAACAAAAACAACAGCAACAAGAAAGUAAUCCUGAAGAUGAAAACUUAAAUUCUCCCAAGAAACUUCUAGAUAAAAGACCUCUUCAUACUCCAAGACAUAAGCCCCAUCCAAGACAGCAGGCACUUGAAGAAGAAGACUGGAGACUGAUUUACAAAAAACCUCCAUCCACAUAUCUUGAAAAUACCAAAACGUUCAUUCCAGGUUACAAAGGGUUUGUUCCUCAUCUUAGAUGUUCUCCUAACGCUGUUGGUAUCCGCUACAGCAAAGCAGCGCAAAGAUGUCUUCUGAAAUCCCUCCCAAAGCCUAAAUCUAAUAUGGAGCCACUGACUUACGAAAAUAAAGAUGGUAAUCCUGAGCAAUAAGAGAGUUCGAACCAACAUAUUGAACAGAAGAAUGGGCAUAGAGGUGAAGAUAAGGAAAAUGAAUUUGGAAAUGGGAAUGGAGAUAUUGAAAAUAAUAAUGAAGAUGCAAAUGUUGAACCUCAUAAUGACUUUGAUCAUAUUGACCAUGAAGAAGAUAAUAACAUUGAAAUUAAUAAUGCAGAAGCUUCAAAAAUGAACUCAUUGGAACAUAAUCGUCUUCAACGUCAUGCUUCAUCAGAAAGACACUACAGGCAGCAACAUAAAGAUUAUAUAAAAGAUAGAAAGCCCUCAACUUAUAGAGGUGAUGAAAGAUAUCCAAUACCAGAAUAUCAAGGAUUUGCUCCACGGUUGAGAGACUCUCCUACAAAGUUAGGGCUUCGUUAUACAAAAGCUGCUCUAAAAACUUUGGAGGAUGUACAUAGAAUGCAAGCAAGAAAGGAAUGAAUAUUUAAAAGAUUUUCAACAAGAAUUAUAAAUAUAAUACUUACUGUCGAUGACAAAUCAAGUUGAUAGUAUUUGGAAAGUUAUGAACAGUCAUAUUACAGGUGAAUAUAUGAUAUUCUUUAUAAUUUUCUAUGUGUUUGAGUUUUCUCUAGGAAGAAUCUACUAAAAUUAAAAACUUUUGUUUCGAAGUUAGUCAGUAAUGUUUGAAAUUCAACUUCCUUAAAAUAUAAUAAUUAGUUUUUAACACAAGACAGUUCGGAAUAACUAUUCGACAAUUAACAGAAAAGUUAGGAAUACUAAACAAAAGAAUAAAAACUUUAAAAGUGGGAUCGCACAGGUAAGUGUAAUCACAAGACAGAUCAUUGUGACAUCGACAAAUCAUUGUGCCCGUAAAGUAGGCUGAUUUUCCAGAGAGGGCAAGUAUAUUUCAAAAAUCAACAUAAAUUUUCCGAGGGACAGUAUGGUCAAUGAGCAUAGAUCAAAAACCCCUUAGCAGCAAGGCAACAUUUUAGCAUCAAAUUUAGAUAAACAUAGUGAGAAAAUGUUGGCAUAUUCCUUCUGCCAAUACAGCUCAAAGUGCGAACCAUUUGAAUAUUCUCAGAGAAAGUUUCCCCUAAGUUACUUUACAGCAACUAUUUUGCCGAAACAUGGAAUUCUGUAACAUCUGGUGCUCUGUUGUCUUCACUAAUUCACCACAAAAUGACUUUAUACGAUCGGUAAGAUGACGGCUUAGGAUCACAUAUUCCUUCGUAAAACUAAUCAGCAUUGUAUACCUACCUUCAUACGAAUUAUUUUGAAUCACCUUGUAUAUUACAUUCACAUUCAUGAUUAUUUAUUAGAUGUUAUGAUAUGCCAAGUGUCCAUCCAUAUACUAUCAACUUGAGUUGCCACCGAACUAUUAUAAUUAUUAUUUUUUACGGGAAAAUAUAAUUUGUGAAAAAAAUAAGAAAAAUGACGUCUGUGUGAAAUGUUUUAUAAACGAUUAUUAAUAACAUCGACAUUACAAUGAGAUAUGCAUUCCAGUUUCUUUCGAUCACAUAUUCAAAUAAUAAAUAUUAUUAA